AUGCCCAGCACUUCCAACAUGCAGGUCAAAGCCGCCUUGCUCCUCUCCCUCGGCAUGGUCGCCGGCGUCGUCACCGCUGCGCCUGCUGAGCUUCCCACCGGCACGAUCCUCAACAACGUCACCAGCCACGUCCUCGCCGUUGCCCACAGCUCUUGCACCAUUAUCCACCCUUUGGGUUGGAUCGACGUCUUCUGUGACUACAAGACCGGCAUCAACUGGAACGGUCCGGGUAGGAAGCGCUGUCGCAAGGAGUGCGUCAAGCUGAACGGCGAGGUUGACUGCAGGGACGGCUCCCGCUGCAUCGCCAGGUACGGCCCCGACAUGCCGGGACAGUGCUUCUGCCCUUGUGGCCAGCGUGUCGAGUGCUAA